AUGGACUGGAGCGCACUGCAGACGAUCCUGGGGGGUGUGAACAAGCACUCCACCAGCAUCGGCAAGAUCUGGCUCACCGUCCUCUUCAUCUUCCGAAUCAUGAUCUUGGUGGUGGCCGCCAAGGAGGUGUGGGGGGACGAGCAGGCCGACUUCGUGUGCAACACCCUGCAGCCUGGGUGCAAGAAUGUGUGCUACGACCACUACUUCCCCAUCUCACACAUCCGGCUCUGGGCACUGCAGCUCAUCUUUGUGUCCACGCCCGCCCUGCUGGUGGCCAUGCACGUGGCCUACUACAGGCAUGAGAAGAAGCGCAAGUUCAUCAGAGGAGAGAUAAAGACCGAGUUCAAGGACAUCGAAGAGAUCAAGAACCAGAAGGUCCGGAUCGAGGGGUCUCUGUGGUGGACCUACACGGGCAGCAUCUUCUUCCGUGUCAUCUUCGAGGCUGCCUUCAUGUAUGUCUUCUACGUCAUGUAUGAUGGCUUCGCCAUGCAGCGCCUGGUGAAGUGCAAUGCCUGGCCCUGCCCCAACACGGUGGACUGCUUCGUGUCCAGGCCCACAGAGAAGACCGUCUUCACGGUCUUCAUGAUCGCAGUGUCUGGAAUUUGCAUCCUGCUCAAUGUCACUGAGCUGUGUUACUUGCUGAUUCGAUUUUGUUCCGGAAAAUCAAAAAAACCAGUGUAA